AUGAAGGAUAGGGCUGCCAUUGAGGGAUCUCAAUGGAACUGGUCUGCCAGGAACCUCGUGAGGUUUGAUAAAAGCAAAUGCGAAGUCCUUCAUCUGGGACAAAACAACCCCACGUACCUGCUGGACAGCAAGUUGAACCUGAGUCAGCAGCAUGCCCUGGAGGGAAUCAUUAGCAGAGUUACAGAAUCUGUGAAAAACAUUGUACCAGGAUGGUUACAGAAGUAUUUCAAUAAAAGUGAAGAUGAAUGUGUAGAUACAAAUGAAUCUACAAACCAGGAAGAGAAUCCAGUAAACUAUCACCAUGAUUAUGCAAAUGAAGAUACCAUAGUGAUUGAUGGGAGAGUCACGCCUGAAUCAGCAAGAAUUAAUUUAGAAGAACCAUCUACGAGUAGACCUGCAUUGAACUUCUCAGAUGUGUUAACAAGGCCCUCUCUUCAUCGGAGCCAUUUGAACUGUACCAUGUUGGAUUCCGCAGUACCACAUUGUCAGCCCUCUACAUCUUCUUCACUUGGCAUUGGCAGUCCUGGACUGUCUCUUGUAAAAGAAAUAAAAGAUUCUACCUCUCAGCAUGAUGACGAUAACAUCUCAACAACCAGUGGCUUCUCCUCUAGAGCAUCUGAUAAAGAUAUCACAGUUUCAAAAAAUACUUCGGCACCGCUGCUCUGGUCCACAGAGGCUGAAAGAUCUCAUUCCCUCUCACAGCAUCCUGCAGCUAGCUCCAAAAAACCUGCAUUCAAUUUAUCUGCUUUUGGAUCUCCCUCUCCUUCACUUGGAAACACUUCUGUCUUUAAGACAAGCCAGCUUGGGGAUUCUCCAUUUUACCCUGGAAAGACCACCUACGGUGGUGCGGCUGCAGCAGCAAGGGAGACAAAAGCGCGAAUUGCUCCUUAUCAGCCCCCAGUAAGAAGACAAAUGAAAGCUAAACAAGCAAGUGUGCAAUCCUAUGGUGUGACAAGUUCCACAGCGCGGCGCAUCUUGCAGUCCUUGGAGAAGAUGUCAAGUCCGUUGGCGGAUGCUAAAAGGAUUCCGUCUUCUGUUUCUAGUCCGCUGUCUUCUCCUGUGGACAGGAGUGUGCUGAAUAUUACUGGCUUCCAAUCCAAACGAAAACAGAUGGAAUCACAGCAUCCACCUGUCCAGAAACUGGUGACGCCAAAGGCAAUCUCUCUGCCAGUGAGUCGGACCCAGUAUUUUAAACCAUCUCUGACUCCAGCUACUGAUUCCAGCAAAAUUCAACAGAGGGUAGAUAUAAAGCACAAAGGCAUGAGAGAGAAGAGUUUUCCAGCAGAACAGCGAGUAAAACCAUCUGAAAGCAAUUUGACCUAUCCUAAAUUCGGUACUCCUGCAUCCAAUGACUAUGUAUCAAAACCUGGACAAGAACAACAGGUGGAAGAACCAGUACUACCGAAAGUACCCCUACCCAUCAGUACUGCAUCGCUGCCUUCGUUCAACUUCAGUUUUCUUGCCAGUAGUACUGCCUCAUCAUCACCAAGCACUGUUUCAACAGCAGUGAUGAACAAGGUACAACCAGCAAGUAAUGUUGGCAGUCCGGUGUUCAGAUUUUCAUCUCCAAUUGUGAAAUCUACUGAGGCAGAAGUGCUGCCUCCGUUGUCUAUUGGGUUUACAUUUAGUGUUCCUGUUGUAAAAUCAGCAGAGCUUUCUGGAUCCAGUGAUACACCAGUGACGUCCUUACUUACUCUAGAUACUGCCACUGUAAACAGCACCAGCAAUAAGAAGGAAGAAAAAGAAGAAUAUGUUGGUCCCUCCAAACCUGCAAAGGUCUUAAAGGAAGGAAGUGUGUUAGACAUUCUAAAAAGCCCUGGCUUUACGUCUGUGAAAACACACUCCUCUACAUCUGCACAGCCUGUUACAAGCACAGUGGUCUAUACAAGGCCUGCAAUAAGUAGUUUUUCUGCAGGCAAAGACACCCCUAAGCAAUCAUCUUCAUUUUGGCAGUCUGACACACAUGACCUGUGUCUGCAAAACAAAACCACAGAUAGCAAAUGUGUAACAUGUCAAGCUGCUAACGUGUCUACAGUUGAGAGUACGAAACAGACGAUAAGCUCAAGCCAGUGUGUCACCUCUAAGGCAGCGGUCCCUGCAGCCGGGACGUUGGGCUUUGAAGACAAAUUUAAAACAGCACCCAACACGUGGGACUGUGAUACCUGUCUGGUCCAGAACAAACCCGAAGCUACAAAAUGUAUAGCCUGUGAGACACCAAAGCCUGGGACAGGAGUAACGCCUGCUCUGACAUUGCCAGUGGUCACAGACAACUCGGUGACAGUGACAUCCUCCUCCAGCAGCACUGACACAACAGUCACUCUGGGGUUUGGAGACAAAUUUAAGAAGCCAAAAGGCUCUUGGGACUGUGCGGUGUGCCUUGUAUUAAAUAAGGCAGAAGACAGCAAAUGUGUAGCUUGUCAGUCUGAGAAACCAGGGAGUUCAGUGCCUGUGACCAGUAGCAGUGUUUCUGCAUUUUCUGCUUCUUCAGGAGGAUUUCUGGAUUUAGACAAAUUCAAGAAGCCCGAAGGAAGCUGGGAUUGUGAGGUCUGCUUGGUCCAAAACAAAGCAGAAGCCACAAAAUGUGUAUCCUGUGAAAGUGCAAAGCCAGGCACCAAAGCAGAACUCAAAGGUUUUGGUACUCCUACUGUGUCCACAAAUGCUGCAAUGCCAUCAUUUACAUUUGGUGUCCAGUCGUCCUCCUCUGAAUCUUCUCAUACGUUAGGUAGCACAGGAAAUUUUAAAUUCGGAGAGCAAGGGAGCUUCAAGUUCGGCAUUGCAUCUGAAUCUGCAUCCUCCAACACUGUGACUGGGGGUUUUAAGUUUCCUACUAGUUCAGGGGACUUCAAAUUUGGAGUUUCUUCCUCAGACUCUAAAUCAGAAGACAGUAAAAAAGAAAGUAAAAGUAACAGUUUUACCUUUGGACUGCCAUCUACAAGCAGUCAGGCACCUUCCACAUUUCAGUUUGGGACAGCGAGCCUGGGACAGCAGGAAAAGAAAGAGGAACCAGUUUUGGGAGGCUUUGGUUUUGGCACGAGUUCAACUUCUUCCGUAGCUACCAAUGAGAAUAAAACUGGAGUCAGUGGUUUCACUUUUGGAACUGUGGCAGAAAAGGAGGUAGCAUCACCUGCUCUAGCAUUUAAGAAGUCAGAUGAGAAAAAGGAUGAAAGUCUUUCAACAAAGGGGGGCUUCUCUUUUGGCAGUGUGGAGAGUGCCUCUGCCUCACAGUUUGUUUUGGGAAGGACAGAAGAGAAACAGGACUCUGUCACUUCUGCUGCUCCAUUAGCAUUUGGAAAGAAAGCUGACAAUGAAGAGUUAAAGGCACAACCUAUCUUUUCAGCUGGGACGGCUGAGCAUACCAAAGAGGAGAGCACAGCAAAACCUAUAUUCAAUUUUAGUUUCGUCAAACCAUCGGAGAAGGAAACUGAGCAGGCAAAGCCGUCUUUUGCAUUUGGGGCACAAACCAGUACUUCAGAUCAAGGAGCCGCAAAGCCAUCCUUCAGCUUCCUGAGCUCAAGUUCCUCCAGCACAGUUGUACCCACCACUUCAGCCAACAGCAGCAGUGUGUUUGGCAGCGCCAUCUCUUCCUCAAAUCCUCAGCCCGUUCCCGCUCCCUUCGUGUUUGGACAACCCAGCAACACUGUGAGCAGCUCUGUUUUUGGCAAUUCUACAGAAUCUGCAGCAUCUCAGUCAUUUGGCUUCUCUCAAGAAAACAAACCAGCAACCACAUCUUCCAGCACGGCUCUUGCUUCAUUUCUCUUUGGUUCGGGAGCCAGCAGUACCAAUGCAGCAAAUUCAGGUUUUACCUUUGGAGCCACAACCACAUCAAGUUCAACAGGGUCAUCCUCUUCGUUUCUGUUUGGCUCUGGGCCUCCGGCGCCUGCUGCUGGCCCAGCAUUUGGCGCCAGUCAGCCACCAGCAUUUGGCCAGAGCCAAGGGUCCAGCCAGCCAAGCGCCCCAAGUUUUGGAUCGCUGUCGACAACGCUGUUUUCAGCUGGCGCUCAGCCUGCUCCUCCUGCCUUCGGCUCGGUGACGAGCAGCACUCAGCCCUCCGUGUUCGGACAGCAAGCGACCCAACAGCCGGGCUUUGGCUCUGCUGCUCCCAGUGCUGGUUCUGUAUUCCAGUUCGGAAGUAAUACUUCUAAUUUCAACUUCCCAAAUAACCCCCGAGUAUUUACUUUUGGUGCAAAUCCUCCUGCACCAGCAGCACCGGCACAGCCUUCUGGCUCCUCUGGAUUUUCGUUCAGCCAGCCUCCAGCAUUUACAGUGGGGACUAAUGGGAAAAAUGUUUUCUCUGCCUCUGGAUCUUCAGUUUCUGGUCGGAAGAUAAAGACUGCAGUUAGACGUAGAAAAUAAUCGCCCGAUUGGUAAAGCAACUUCCGAAGCAGCUACUACCCUGCAUUGUUCAGUUGUUGGGAUCGUACCUCAUGCUGGGUUAGCUGAAGUCAGAUCUGCCUACAGGAAUAUAAAACUCUGCUGCCCUUUCCUCCCCCUCCCUCUCCCCGGUUAGAUUUUUUUCGGUAACGAAUAGAGUUGGCAACAGGGCCGUUCUCAAGCAAAACUAUUUUAGGCUCCAGCAAGUUACUUCUUUCACUGACUCGGCAUGGUCUGGCUAUAGCCGUGAGUAGAGCCUGCACAGUGAAUGGCUUGUACAAUACCUCUUCAUCUGCACCACUAUGUGCGCUCAUCUGCGUUUACUGACGCCUCGAAAUUGUAAUUAUAUCAGCGAGGGAUGCUGUAUAGAGUAGAGAAUGUUGAUAACGAAUGAUUUCUAUGCUGAGUUUGUGCUGGUGUAUGUGUGAAGUGAGUGAGUUUGGGUGUAUUGUGCACUAAAAUUUUCUGAUAGAGGAAGACUGAUUAAAGGAUGAUCCAUGCUAAGGACUUGUUAGAUCUGUAGUUCUUCAUUUAAUAAUUAUAUGCUAUUUCUAUAUUUUCAUUCUUACAGCCCUUUAUCACCUGUCUCGCCUUUGUUAUUUUAUUAUGAAACAUGUGUAAAUACAAUUUUGUUUCUCUAUGUACUUUUUUGGCAUAACAAAUCUGUGAAAUUGAAAUUUUAAUUUUGUGUGUUACGGCCAUUUUUGUUUAGUAUUGUCUCAGAUUUUAUGUAAAUCCCAUUAUUCAAAGUUGCCUAAAUCCAUUUAGAAAAUCUUUAAAAUUGGGAAUUCUUAAAGUAAGUUUAUUGGCUUUUCUGAUCCAUUUUUGUUUGGACCAAAAACCAGUAUUGUACAAAGUAUUAAGUAUAUAUUUUUAUAUUUACUGAAAUGGACUGUGGUGACUUUGGAUAAUAAGGAAAAGUUUAAUAUUAAAGCCAUGUUUAUUACAGUAUAAUUAACAUGUUAAACCAUGGGAUAAAUGCCAUCAAUAAAAACUAUG